GGCGCACGCGCAGUCCGCGCCGGCCUGACGCUAGAGCCCUUUCCCGGUGGCCGGCCUUCUUUACCUGUGUGGUCUCCACGUCUGCGCCACCACGGGACGAGAGGUCAACGGAGGGCCCUGCGGUCCAGAUGCCAACUGGACCCACGGAGGCAUGGUGGCUAGAGCCAGGACCCCAGCCUAAGUGACACGGACAGGAUCUGAUGCUCCCGAGACCACAAGAUCCGGCACCGAAAUGUGAAAUCGAGGCAGCAGCUCAGUGCAGGAAUGGAAGGAUUCCUGGCCGUCGCUGCCCCCCAGAGCCCCGAGUUGGGAGAAGCCUGGACACCCAAUGGUCAGCUUAAGGACCAGCAGGAAAACCCAGAAAGCUGUGUGAAGCCAGAGGCCCGCCAGGAGGACCCUGCCGGCUUCGGCGCCCAGGAGCGUGGUGACUUCAGCGGGGUCCUGGGAACCAGACUGAGCCCUCUGGUUACUCAGGCCACCCGUGGGCCCCAGAGGCGCGGCGCCCCAGGAAAGAGCCCGAAAAGGAAGGACGCAGAUGCUGGAGGCCCCGGGAAGCCUUGGAAGUGUGAGGACUGCGGCAAGGCCUUCAGCUACUGCUCAGCGUUUACCCUGCACCGGAGGAUGCACACCGGGGAGAAGCCAUUUGCGUGUGUGGAGUGCGGACGCGCUUUCAGCCAGCGCGUGCACCUGACGCUGCACCGGCGCGUGCACACGGGCGAGCGGCCGCACGCCUGCACCGAGUGCGGCAAGGCGUUCAGCCAGGGCUCCUACCUGUCAGCUCACUGGCGCACGCACACAGGCGAGCGGCCUCACGUGUGUCCAGACUGCGGCAAGGCCUUCGUGCGGCCGGCGCACCUGGUGCAGCACCGGCGCAUGCACACCGGUGAGCGGCCCUUUGCCUGCGGCCAGUGCGCCAAGGCCUUCCGCGGCCGCGCAGCCCUGCUGGAGCACCAGCGUGUACAUACAGGCGAGCGCCCGUUUGCCUGCGUGCAGUGCCCCAAGGCCUUCCGCUUCUCCUCCGCGCUGCUGCGCCACCGGCGCACGCACACGGCUGAGCGUCCCUACUCCUGCAGCCAGUGUGCCAAGGCCUUCACGCCGGUGGCGCACCUGGCACAGCACCGGCGCGUGCACACAGGCGAGAAGCCAUACACGUGUGCCGAGUGCGGCGCACCCUUUAGUCAGAGUGCCUCGCUGGCAGAACAUCGGCGCAUCCACACAGGCGACAAGCCGUUUGCGUGCGCACAGUGCGGCAAGGCCUUCACGCAGGUGUCGCAUUUGGCGCAGCACCGGCGUGUGCACACGGGUGAGCGGCCCUAUGCGUGUGGGGACUGCGGCCGCGCCUUCAGCAACCGCUCGCACCUGGCACAGCACCACCUGGUGCACACGGGCGCUCGGCCCUACAAGUGCCUGGAGUGCGGGGCCGCCUUCAGCCACGUGUCCUCCCUGCUGGAACACCAGAAGAUCCACACCGGCGAGAGGCCCUUCCGGUGCGGGGACUGCGGCAAGGCUUUCAUCCAGGGCUCUGCACUCACGCUGCACCGGCGCACACACACUGGGGAGCGGCCCUACGCGUGCCCCGAGUGUGGCAAGGCCUUCCGCAACCGAGCCUACCUGAUCCAGCACCACAUCGUGCACACAGGGGAGCGGCCCUACGAAUGCAGUGCCUGCGGCAAGGCCUUUGGUUUCUCCUCCGCCCUCAUUCGGCACCAGAGGACGCACACUGACAAGAAGCCCCACGAGCGCCGCCCGUGUGGGGACACCUCUACCUGGCUGCCACACCUGAGUGGAGACCUGAGCUUGCACGGGGAGGAGAAGCCUGUUAGCAGUAGUGACCCUGCAAAAACCGCUGGGGACCAGCAGCAUGAGAAAUGACUGUGACCGGGGCCUCCUGUACCUGGCACUGUGCUGAGUGAGCGCUUUCACGACACAUUGCCAACCUCACGGCACUAGCGGGAGAUACCCUCUCAUCCCCGUGCUGCCGGAAAGGAAACUGAGGCUCAGAGAAGCUCUCUGAGUUGCUCGAGGGAGGAUGUCACAGGGCUGGGACUGCGCCCCACAUCUGCUGGAUUCCCUGCCACCUCCCUAAUUCAAAGUUAUAAACGUGACCCACCGAAGUAGACCAGAAGAAGUAUCUGUGGGUCUGCGGCUGGCCUUGUAAUUGUUGAUUUCAUGAUUGAGCAGGCAAUGAUUCAAUAAAUUAAAUUGGAUAAAAGGUUCA